GGUCGAUCGGGCACCCCCCUCGUCCAUCCACCAGGCGGAGGGAUUUCUCCAUCCCUCCCCUGCAUGCCACUUCCUUGCCCUCCUUCCUCCCACAUUGUUCUCUCUUUGGUUUGUCUUUUCCACUCCCUUCUUUAUGACUCGCAAUCCAUGUCAUGAGCAAUCUAGACUCCGAUGUCCCCCGAGCCCCACGGCGUCGUAGGGCCCUGUCGGUGGAUUUCUCCUCGCGUGAACACUUGCUAGCGCGCCCGCCUCCCCCCUUCGGGGAUUACUUCGACUCUUCGGCCUCCUCCAUUCGCGACCUGCAAUUCCCGACCGACGCACUUACCCUGCUGUCGGAUUCCUUCCAGCAGGAUGGCCUCUUUGGCCGGAAAGGCGAUGCUGACGGGGGAGGAGGCUCGGGCUUUUCCCCCCGGAAAAGCCGUGGCCAGUUUUCUGCGGACUCUGAACAGCGUUUCCGAGGCAACCUGUCUGGUCUCUUCUUCUUUACACUCUCCCUCUUCUCCGCCUUCUUCAUGUCGUACUUGCUUUUUUCCUUCCUCAACUCCUGGUACAUCAGUGUCCGGCCUUUCUCAUACAACCAGGAGAUGAGCGUCCUCUUUUCGGCGAACCCCUUCUUCUCGGACCGACUGAUCUACUCCCCGGAGAUGAUCACCCAGCUGUCGCAGCUUUUCACAUUGCAGACCCUUCAGACGGGCGAGGGCCUGGUGCUCGAUGAUGGCUUCACACACUUUCUGAUCGUCGAGCAGGGCACCCUCUCCGCCACUCCCGGCGAGAAUCCCGAGCAUGCCGCCGAGUAUAUUAGCUCCUUCUUCCGGGGGGAUUCCAUCGGCGGCAUGAACAUGCUCCAUGGGCGCCGGCACAACAUCAACUUGGUCGUUUCUUCGGAGACCCCCGCCGCCGUGUGGGUAGCCAAUGCGCCCGCGCUGAACUUGCUUUUGCAGGAGAGCGUCUUGCUCCGGUCGAUCCUGGAAAAGCGCUUCAUUCAGGCGCACAUUGAGAAGCGCCGGAAGAAGCCCAUCCUCUACAUCCCGGGCUUCGCCUCGUCGCGCCUGAUUGCCUGGCGGCGGAAGUCCUGCUCGGCCAUGAACAUCGAGAUCGGCGACGUCGUCUGGCUCAACCUCGAGAAGGUCCUUCACCACAACCUCUUCGAGGAGGCAUGCUGGAUUAAGUGCAUGAUGCUGGACAUCGUGGACCAGACAGACCCAGAGGGCUGCAAGCUCCGGCCCGAGGAGGGCAUGGGUGCCAUCUAUGACCUGUUGAAUGGUGUGCUGGCCCCGGUGACGGCCAUCUUCCGGAACCUGGUCUACUACAUGGCCCACCACUUUAGCUACGACAUCUCCAGCAUGCUGGCUCUGCCAUAUGACUGGCGCAUCGCGCCGAAGCUGCUCGAGGACCGGGAUGCCCUCUUUUCCAAGAUGAAGUUCGACAUUGAGCAUACGGUCCGCAUGAACCGCAACCCGGCCAUUGCCCUGUGCCACUCGAUGGGCUGCAAGUUGUUCCUGUACUUUGUCGAGUGGAUGAAGCUUCACUAUCCGAAGAUCCAUGAGGAAUGGUUUGACGCGCACAUUUGGAUGUUUGUGUCCGUGGCCCCGCCGCUGCUGGGGUCUGUUCAAUCGGUCCGUGGCAUGAUUUCCGGUGUGGGUUUCUCCCUGCCAAUCAAUUCCAUGGACUCGCGCCUGAUGGGCGUGUCUUUCUCGAGUGCACACUUCCUCCUGCCCUCCAACAUCACGAUCGCCGAAAACCUGGUUCCCGCACACUCGAACACCACCCUCGGCAAUGCCCCCUCCCUGUGGCCGGAUCAUCUUGUCGUCAUCAAGGCCGAAAACGGCACCACCACCACCUUCAGCCCCUCGGAAAUCAUCUCCGGCCAGAUGUAUCGGACGCUGCAUGCCAUGCUGAGCGACUCGGAAUACGACAAAUUCUACCAGGCCUUGGACAAAUUCUACUUCCGCGACCCGGUGUGGCUGGAACUCGAGCGGGAGGGCCCCGCUCGACCUCCCAUCCGGCAGAUCCUCACCAUCUAUGGGCGGAACCUCCAAACCGACCUUGGAUAUCACUAUAAGGCGGUGACGCGGAACAAUGGCAAGAUGUCCCUCAUCAUGGAGUCGGAGAUUUUCGAAUCGAGUGGCGGCAAGAUCCUGGCCACCAGUUCCCACAGUCUUCUGCCCAGCUCCGCGAUCAUCGGCCAGUCGCGCUAUCCGAAGUCCGGCGAUGGGACCGUGCCGUAUGCCUCGCUCUCUUGGUCGCACACCUGGCACCACGACAAUGUCCAGGUGAAGAAUAUCCCCGCUCGCUCGGCCGGCGACGUGGACACCCUCAUCUCCAAACUGUACCAGGACCUCGGUGGGACUCUUGCCCAGUCGGGCUUCGUGCACUUGGACCUCCUGCAGCAAUUCCACAAGUCCCAGUCCUCCUACUCGCGAUACCAGUCCACUCGCAAGGCCCAAAACCCAGACACCGAGGAUGAUAGCCAUGUGAUUGUGCUGGAGAUUGACGGCCUUGGACAUCGCGAUGUCAUCCGCGACCAUGCCUUCACCGAUGGGUUCAUCCGGGAAUUCUUGCGUCUGGCCAAGCGCGAGUUCCUCCUCCACAAUCCCGAGGUCUCCCAUGCCCGCCUGGGGGAUUAUUCCUGCUCGCGGACGCCCCGGGCCGCGGUCUUCUCGCACACCUGUCCGGUCCCUUGCCGUCUGGUCCACUUUGUGUGAUCACGCGACUGCCGCGGCACGCGCUCGGCGUGGGAAUAAACAAUAAAUAGAGCCCGGGCCCUGGGGGGGGGGG